AGCAACAGCCAAUCAAAACCCUCACUCUGGAUAACAUAUAUAAACGAGGGGCCAGCAUUUACGCCAAAACCAACAUAUCAACAACUAUGGUGACCCUGAUCCAAACCCUAACCUCCUGCAAGAAUAUCUCCCCUUCUCUAAUUCAUUUCCACCAAAUCACUGCUGCUACCUCCACACCAACCACCAGAGCAAAAUGGCACCUCCCCGUCAGAGCUUACAUGGAGAAUUCAAACUCCAUCUCCGGUUUCGCCAACAAGGUGAUCGGCUCGCUGCCUGUAAUCGGACUUGUCGCCAGAAUACUCAACGAUGAAGGCGGCGUAGGUAGCGAUAUUGUUGAUUUUGCAGAGUUUCGGAGAAGGGUGGGAAAGAAGUGCAGCAUCAAUGACUCAAGAGCUUUCUAUGAUUUCCAAGACAGAAGAGGCAAGGCAGGGGAUCCUCUAUACGUUUUACUGUGCUGUUGGGUUUCUGCUGUUGGUGCUGGCCUUUUAAAAUCAGAAGAGAUCCUAGAAGGAGUAGCGAGGCUUCGAAUUUCAAAUGACAUUGAAUUUGAAGAGCAGAAUUUUAUCGCUUUGAUGAAUGAGGCAAGAGAGAGAAGAGCAAACUGAAGACUGCUGCUCCAGUAAUCCCCAUGGAGAUUCGAGUUGAGAAGGCAGUUGAAGCAAUUUAUGUUUGUUGUUUUGACAAGGGAAGUUAUAGAAGAUGAAGAUGAGAGACUAUUAAAUAUGAUGCUCAGUGCUGUUUUCCCGACAAUCAAGCACUUGGAAAUUCAAAGAAUCGUGAAAGACAAGGCGAGGAGGGUAGCCGAAGGCAAUGAUGAUGUUGUGGAGCCAAAGCCUCUAUCAAAAGAAGCAAUUCAAUUGCAAAUGAAGGAUCUUCAAUUCCUUAAACAGAAUACAGACACUUAAAUGAUAUCCUCCUUGUUACUCCAAAUCCCAAGUUUACUUGAUUAACAAUUCAAAAGUAAUACUAAUACAAUCAAUCUUUCUGUUUAGUA